CUGCAAUCGAGGAACUUCAUUUUUUUUUUCCUUUUGGCUCUAAAGAACAAAAUUUUGGCAAGGCGCCGAAAUCCCAAAUCUCACACCCCACCAGCGAACACUACUAUCCAACACUACUUGGAUUCUCUGGCCUCGACUUGAAAUUAUUCCUUACGAACCUGGCUAUUUUUAAGAUUUUAGGAAGAUCGCAUCCAUGACUGAGAAGGGAGCUGGCCAACUUGGCGUUUCGCCAAGUGAUCGAUGCGCCAUUGGUAUAUCCUUUGGCAAUUCGUACAGCUCUAUUGCUUCUACAACUGAUGACAGUCCUAUUGUUAUUGCGAACGAAGAUGGAGACCGACAGAUCCCCACCAUCCUAUCAUAUGUCGAUGGAGAAGAAUACACCGGAAACCAGGCCAAGGCCAUGUUAAUCCGGAACCCCCAGAAUACAAUCAUAUCAUUCAAGGACUUCCUUGGUCAAGAAUUCAAGUCUAUCGACCCUACUCACUGUCACGCCGCAUCUCACCCCCAGGAAGCGAACGGAACAGUUUCUUUCACCGUUCAAGACAAGGUCGAGGGAGAAUCGCCUUCUACCCUUUCCGUGAAGGAAGUUUCUACCCGAUAUCUGCGCCGUCUUCUACAAUCUGCUUCGGACUACUUAGGAAGGAAGGUUACUUCUGCCGUAAUAUCGGUACCUACAAACUUCACAGAGCCCCAGAGAGAAGCCCUGAUUCAGGCCGCAAACGAUGCUGAGCUUGAGGUCCUUCAAUUAAUCAACGAGCCUAUCGCUUCAGUUCUUGCCUAUGACGCAAGACCGGAGGCUAAGUUGGAAGAUAAGAUAAUCGUGGUGGCCGAUCUUGGUGGUACACGCUCAGAUGUUGCCGUAGUAGCUUCGAGAGGUGGACUGUAUACAAUCCUCGCAACGGCUCACGACUAUGAGUUUGCUGGGGUUCACCUGGAUAAUGUCCUUAUGGAACACUUCGCCAAAGAGUUUAUGAAGAAGAACCCCAAUGUCGACCCUCGAGGAAACGCUAGGAGCUUAGCGAAGCUUAAGGCCGAAUCCGAAGCUACUAAGAAGGCCCUUAGCAUUGGUACCAACGCCAGUUUCAGUGUCGAAAGCUUGGCGGACGGUAUUGACUUCCAGACUACCAUCAACAGACUGAGAUACGAGACAAUUGCUCGUAAGGUAUUCGAAGGCUUCAACCGCCUCGUUGACGGUGUCAUAAAGAAGGCCGGAUUGGACGUCCUCGAUAUUGACGAGGUCAUUCUCUCUGGUGGCACAUCCCAUACUCCCAGAAUCGCAAACAACUUCCGCGCGAUAUUCCCGGAGACUACUACUAUCCAGGCCCCCGCAACGAGUGCAACCGCCAUUAACCCUUCGGAGCUCCAAGCCCGUGGUGCUGCUCUCCAGGCCUCUUUGAUCCAAGAAUACGAGGCGGAGGACAUUGAGCAGUCGACGCACCCUGCCGUUACAACUGUCAAGCACAUUACUAAUGCUAUUGGUGUUAUCUCAUUAUCCGACGAUGGCGAGGAGAUUUUCACACCCAUCAUCGCACCCGAGACUGCUGCACCGGCUCGCCGAACAAUCCACAUCGGAGCCCCCACAAAUGGAGGCGACGUACUGGUGAAGGUGGCUGAAGGCGGCACUCACAUCAAGGUGACGAAGCCGGAGCCGAAGCCAAAGGAGAACGGCAACAAGGAAGAUGACGAAGAUGAAGACGACAGCGACUUCGACUCCGACGAGGAGGAAGAGGAGCACAGGGAAAAGAUCUGGAAGAUCGGCACUACCCUCGCGGAGGCGGCUGUCCGGGACGUCAAGAAGGGGGGCAAAGUCGAGGUCACCAUCAACGUCGCACCCGACCUCGCAGUCACCAUCACGGCGAGAGCUGUCGGCGGCAAGGGUGGCGUCAGGGGGACUCUUGCAGCUCCGUAAGAUAGUUCACCCGUCCUAUCUUACUUACCUAGGUAGAUAGGUAAUGUUACUUACUGCUCUUCGCUUAUUGGCGUCGGUCUAGUUAAAAGGGAGGGAGGCAUCGCGACGCUCGGUAGACACUAUUCGGUAGAUGGAACUAACUUGGGCGGAAUUUUGUUCCACCUUCCACCCUCUCAGGCAGAAUAGGCAUAGGCUAAGCAUGGGAAUAGAGUAGACGUGAUGCAUAUACGCAUUUUAACUAGGUAUGUAGUUAUGAUGUUUAUGCAUGCUAUGACUUUGUAUAUCUCG